AUGACCCUUUUCCCCCGCCGCCACCCGGCGCCCCGACCGGGCAAACGGCCGUUGGUGCCGUGCAUCGCGACCAACGGCAGCAACACCCGCUGCGCCUUUCUGUCGGUGCCCUUGGUGUUGCUGCUCGCAUUUAUACUGACGAUAUGGUUUGACGUGUUUGACCCCUUCCCGGUGCUCGAGUCGCCGUCGACCGCCAACGUGCCUUUCAUCCAAGCCCAUACGGCGGCCGAACUGCAGGCCGUCGAGACGGCCACGACGGCAACAUGGCCUGCUGGCGCCACUCCCUACGACCCGUUGGCCCCCAUCAGCACGAGUCCCGAGGACAGCCACGCCUCUCCCUUCUCCUUUGACAUUGCCGCGGCCUUGACGGGCCGCAACGCGUCGUUGUAUGCCGACUGGAUGGCCGCCGCGCCGGACGACUGGUCGUUGGCCCGCCUCGCCAUCCCGGGCACCCACGACACCAUGACCCACCGUGUCGAUCUCCUCGGCUACCGCUGCCAGAAUGCGGCGCUGGGUGAGCAGCUGGCGGCCGGCGUGCGGUACCUCGACGUGCGGGCGCGUGUGCAGGUACAGCCAACACCGCCGUCGUCCCCCAACACCGCCGACCCCCUCGGCAUCUACCACGCCUCCGUCUACACGGGCUACGAGUUUGCCGACGUCGCACAGACCGUCUUUGCCUUUCUCGCGGCCCAUCCGUCCGAGAUUGUCAUUAUGCGCCUCAAGGAGGAGGCCCUGCCCCUCAACGGCUCCGUGUCCGACCCGCCCGGCCCGGCCAAGGACGCCGGCCAGUUCGCCGUCGACGCCGCCGUCUCGCCGCCCUUUCUCGCCGCCUUUGACAACUACCGCCUGCACGACCCGCGCACGGCCCCCGGCCUCGCCAAGCAUCUCUACCGCUUCAACGCCACCGACGACCCGCAGUUCCAGACGCCGCCGCCCGCCCACAUCCCCUCAGUCGGCGAGCUGCGCGGCAAGAUCCUGGUGCUGCAAGAGUUCCCCUACUUCCCCGUUAGCUACUUGGCCGCGCCCCCGGGUGCCAUCCCCUGGUUCGGCGUCCCCUGGGAGCUGUCGUCCCGUCUUCUGGAAAUUGAAGACUACUGGCAGACCCCCGAUCUGGCGGCCCUGGACGACAAGUGGGACGCCGUGCGCGACAACCUGCAGUCGGCUGCGAAGAAUGCGACGGCGUCAGACGAUGCCACCAAGGCGGGCAUGCCGCUCUUCCUCUCCCACCUCAGCGCCAGCGUCGGCUUGUCGCCCAUUGACGCGGCGGCCGGCCCCUUGAACCACUCUGUCGUGGGUAUCAACGACCGCGCCGGCCGGUGGCUGGAGCGCGGCGAUGACGUGGCCGAGGGCUGGGAAUCGGGCGGUCCGCAUUCUGGGCCGUACACGCCCGUCGGCGUCGUCAUGGCCGAUUUUCCAGGCCGGCGCCUCAUUGACGCCAUCCUGCGGCGGAACUCCUUUUUUGAGUUUGAGGACUACUAA